CACUGGCCAGAUCUGAAGCCAAAACAAGACCCUGAGAACAGACUGGUGCCAGACUGGUGUGGGCGCUCUUUCAGCCUUCCAGAACCUUCUUGUCUGAUGAACAGGGUAUGAAAACCAGCAGAAAUAGCAAGCCCUAAGGGAAGAACCAGAGAUCACCACAGUGGCUCCUCACCAGCAGACCGAGGCCACAGAGAAAGUGAUCUCCCUGGGAUGGAGCCAUUGGCAACAACCUUGUGUCCUCAGGAAUGCACACAAACCACCAGAAACGAAACCCCCAAUGAAACCACCUGGUCUUCAGAGCAUGUGACUAAAUACACGUAUAUCUCCAUCUCCCUGGUCAUCUGUUCACUGGGACUGGUUGGGAACGGCCUUUUGAUAUGGUUCUUGAUUUUCUGCAUCAAGAGGAAGCCAUUCACCAUCUACAUCCUACAUCUCGCCUUUGCUGACUUCAUGGUCCUCCUCUGUUCAUCCAUCAUUCAGCUAGUGAACACUUUCCACAUUUACGAUUCCACCUUAGUGAGCUAUGCUGUCCUCUUCAUGAUUUUCGGCUACAACACGGGCCUGCACCUCCUCACGGCCAUCAGCGUGGAGCGCUGCCUCUCGGUGCUUUACCCGAUCUGGUACCACUGCCGACGCCCGAAACACCAGUCCACUGUGGCCUGUACGCUGUUGUGGGCCCUCUCUGUUCUUGUGUCUGGUUUGGAAAACUUCUUCUGCAUUCUGGAAGUGAAGCCCCAGUUCCCAGAAUGCCGAUACGUGUACAUAUUUUCCUGUACCUUGACUUUCCUGGUCUUCGUCCCUCUCAUGGUCUUCUCGAACUUGAUACUCUUCAUCCAAGUCUGCUGUAACCUGAAGCCACGUCAACCAGCCAAACUCUAUGUGAUCAUCAUGGCCACCGUCAUCCUGUUCCUUGUCUUCGCCAUGCCCAUGAAGGUGUUGCUUAUCAUUGGCUACUAUUCCAAUUCCACUGAUGCUUCUGUAUGGAAAUCUCUCCCCUACCUGAACAUGCUCUCCACUAUAAACUGCAGCAUCAACCCAAUUGUCUACUUUGUGGUAGGCAGUCUGAGGAGGAAGAGGAGUAGGAAGUCCCUAAAAGAAGCACUACAGAAGGUCUUUGAGGAAAAGCCAGUGGUGGCCUCGAGGGAGAAUGAGGUACAAUUCUCCCUGCCCUUAUGACCUUCUGCUAGGACAUCCCCAAAUAUAACACUGUUAUGAAACCACUUCUCUAAGUUCCCACCUGGUGGCUCGCUAAGAUUAAAGUCCUUCGUCCCUCCUGGAAAUAGAUGACACCGAGGCACACUGUGCACAUAACAUGCUUGGCCACGGAGAACUUAACCGGAGCAUUUUUUUUUCUAAUGAUGAAGAUUGGAUCUUGGCUGGGCUAGUGCUAGGCUAGUACUCUAGCCCAGAGACCUGGCCCUGGCCUGACCCUAUCUUCCCAGCACUAAGCUCUGUGUAUCCUAAACACUGUCACAUGUCAUCAAUCUUCCUGUCAAUCUUAUGAGCCACUGUUGUUAAUCCAUUGCUGCAGAUAAAGGUAAGAGGUUAGAAAGGCUCUAAGAUAUGGGUGGUGCUGAGCCAGACUGGGUUUCGGAAGGAGUUUGCCCUUCAAAUCUGUCCUUGAGACCAUAAUACCCAAGGCAGUCUUUGAGAGGUACUAUCAACUGUCUACGGGUGCUAUCGAUACUGCUCAAGCUCCUCUCCCUUGGCCUCCUCUAUCUUGUGCUUUGGAUGCCUCAAAGGCAGACAUGUUAUUCCAAAUAAGGGACAUCCAUGCUACCUUAUAAAGCAUCUUCACUAUCCACACCUUGACACUCCAUCAUGGGGCCAGAUGAGAGAGGAAUGGGACGUCCCACAAGUCCUUUAAAGAUGUCAUCCAAUGAGCAUUAGAGGGACCCUCAACAAGGCUGAGUAGAGCUUGGCUUAAGCAUGGAAAUUUCCACUUUGUCUUCCUGCCUUCCUUUCUCUCCCCUCCUACCCACCCACAUCUCUCUCCUCUGGUUUUCUUUCUUUCUUUUUUUUUCUAAAGAUUUAUUCAUUUAUUCUAUAUAAGUACACUGUAGCUGUCUUCAAACACACCAGAAGAGGGCAUCGGAUUCCAUUACAGAUGGUUGUGAGCCACCAUGUGGUUGCUGGGAUUUGAACUCAGGACCUCUGGAAGAGCAGUCGGUGCUCUUAACUGCUGAGCCAUCUCUCCAGCCCCUCCUCUGGUUUUCUUAUAUCCUCAGUUUUUUUGAGACAAGGUCUUGAUGUAGCUCAGCCUGGCCUCCAACUUUCAAUGCUCCUGCCUCAGGCUCCUGACAGCUGGUUUUACAGACAUGUCCCAGCACCCCCAGCUUCCAAUCUUUCGGCCUUCCACAGUCCUUGUUCCCUUUGCUUAAAUAUGAGCUGCUUGGACGCCUAGGAACAACACGCAAUGCAUUUUUGUUGCAAAAUGUGUACAAAACAGACCCACGUUCUCUCUCAGCUCUGUCCGCAACUACUACAUACACCACCUCCUACCGUACCAUCCUUUCAUCCCUCCCCCUCUUUGCUGAGCAGCUGAUUGGAAAUACUGCUUCUGGUUCUUCUGAAAUGGCAUGUUUUCUCUUUUUUAUUGCAAAGAAAACAUUCCUCGGUAGUCUUGAGGCACUGUAGAUGGGCUUUGCUAUUUUAAGGUCGGUCCCAGUUUCUUCCCAGCACUAUUAAUAAAUUUUGCUCAUCUGGCCAUUUUCUUACUGGGAGAAUAAACCCAGAAUGCAACUAGAUUUAAAAAAAUAAGUCCUUAAAUGUAAACCCAACAGGACCAGGGAUCGUACUGAAUGCUCUAGCAUUCGGAGGCUUUGUGCCUGUUCCAACUAUGAUGAGAAGUUCCAUCUAUAACAAAUCACGAAUUGGAAAAUGUUUCCUCAUAAAUAUGACAGCAGGAUAAUACCCCCCCCCCUUAACAUAUGGAAUGCUCAACUAAACUAAGAAUAAAAAUGGCGGGAUAUCAAGAGUUAAAUGGGUAAAAGGUUAAAUGGUGGGUGGUUUAUAAUCCCACUGAAAAUAAGCAAAAAUAGUCAGAAGUGUUUGAACUCAUUACCAAAACAAUAAGACAACAGAACGGAGGUACCCAUUAAUAUCCAUAACAGAAACGCUCUGGGGUGGAAGCAGGAGGCUUUCUGUGAGUUUGACGCCAUUCUAAGCAACCUAGUGAGAGCCUGUCUUAAAAUAAAUAAUAAAAUAAAAUAUAUGAAUGUCGUUUUAGCCCAUACACAUGGCAAAGCUGUAUAUGUGUAUGUGUGUGGUGCUGAGGAACAAACCCAUGGCUUCAUAUGCUAGGCAAACACUUGGUCCUGAUCCAUAACCCCAGACGAGUGUGACUGUUGGUGAGAGGGGCCUCUUCACACACCACAGAGGCUCUGUUUGUGGCUUCCAACUCACUCCAUCCUGAAAUGAGUCUGGUUUGCUGAGUUUCAUGCUGGGAAGAGAAGUAGAUCUUUCCUUUGGCCCUGCUGCUGAGCUAAGAGAGUGUCUUGUCAUUAACCUGGGAGUACAACCUUACGUCCGAACCCUGGGCGGCUUCAGAGCUAAAAGCCAGAAAACAUCAUUCCUUCCUUGACCGGCACUUUGCUUCAAAAACUUGCGCUUCUUCGAUGGAGUGUAUUUUGGCUUGCUCUGAGAAAUGUUGUAAGGGACUGUCACGGUGACCUUACACCUGAAUUUGACAACGGGAUGUAGCUGAGAAUCCCUCAUUUCACAGUGUCCCUCUUGAUCCCAGGAUCAGCAGAUAAUCAGCUUCUAAUCCUGUGAAACCACGAGAGUGACACCGAUAGCCUCGCAUUUUUCUCCUUUUUGUUCUUAAAGUAAAAAAGCCAGAAAAACAAACUAUGACCCUCGAGCCCAAAGCAAUGCCAGAGAGCCGCUCUCUGGGUUGUGCUUUCCCCUUCACUCUGCCCGAGUUGAAGGCAGUUACCUAUUUCAACCUCCAGGGGUCCCUCGCUCUGCUUUAGAGAACCACUUUUCCGACAGAAGCUUCCCUGAGAACUGAAUUUGAAGGAGGCUCUUUGAAAGAGGGGGGACGUUGUGUGGGAUCUGGAGGCUUCAUGGACUCUGCCCUUUCCUAACUCUCAUUCCACGUCAACUCAGGGCAAUGAAAAUGUCCUAUUCUGUAUCACUGGGGAUCAGAGAAACACCAAAUGUCUGUCACCAAAUGUAUGUGUGUCUCUGUGUUAGUAACUAUGGCGACAUGGCUCAGUAGGUAAAGGUGCUUGCGGCCGAGCUCGAUGACCUGAGUUGUAUUCCACAUGGUGGUAACAUAGAACCGACCUUUGCAAGUUGUCCUCUAACCUCCACACAUGUGCUGUGGCAUGUGUGCACACCCCCACCCCCGCACAAAUAAGUAAAUAAUAUAAAUACUUAAAAAAUUAAAUAGCAGAAUUUAAUCAAAAAAUGUCUAUGGUCCCAUAUAAAAGGAGAUGAUGUCAUAUACUAUUAUAACACUGUUAUCAUUUAGUCAGUUAUAAAUACUAUUAGAAUACUGUUAUUGCAUAUAUUCACUUAUAAACAAUUGUAAAUUCACUUAUAAAAAGUUGUGAAGAUUUAUUUAUUAUGCAUAUAGUGUUUUACCCAUGUGUAUGCCUACUUGCCAGAAGAGGGCACCAGAUCUUAGGAUUACAAGACACCGUGCAGUUACUGGGAAUUGAACUUGGGAGCUCUGAAAGAACAGCCAGUGUUCUUAACCCCCGAACCAUCUCUCCAGCCUGUAAAUGCUUCUUGACCAUGCACCGUCUGUGGCUUUGUCCAAGGUGCUAAGAAAGAUGCAUAGUAAACCUGUAUUUUUCUGGGUCCCGUCAGCCUCUAGGCCAGUGGUUCUCAAACUUCCUAGUGCUACAAGCCUUUAAUAUAGCCUCAUGUUGUGGUGACCUCCAACCAUAAAAUUAUGUUCAUUGAAACUUCCUGACUGCAAUUAUGCUUGUUAAUGAAUCAUACUAUAAAAGCCGAUAUUUCUUAGGAGACCCAUGUGAAAGGGUCCUUCUACCUCCCAACCCACAGGCUGAGACCCACUGCUGUAAGCUGAUCAAUCCCUGACCGAAGCCAAGGCCUGAGUUCCAUCUCUCUUCAACUCUAGAGCGUUUCAGACAUUCAAGAGGCACACGUCUUCUAGAGGACCCGAGUCAGCUAAUUUACAACUGUCUGUAGCACUAGCUACAAAAUCCAAUGCCUGUGUCCUCUGACCUUCAUGGGCAUGUGAGUUCACAUGCUCAUACCCUCAUGUGCAUGUACCCGC